AUGAAGAAACCAAUUUUACUCGUCGCAUCGCUGCUAGCGGCUCUCCCAGUCAGCGCCGAGGGAAUCUAUACUAAAAAGUCGCCUGUAUUGCAGGUGAACUACAAGACAUAUAACCAGCUAGUCGCUGAUUCCAAUCAUACAUCGGUAAGCAACCUCCUCAUAACAUUCUACGCCCCCUGGUGCGGCCACUGCCAAAGCCUCAAACCAGCCUAUGAAAAAGCAGCCAAAAACCUAGACGGCCUAGCCAAAGUCGCAGCCAUAAACUGCGACGAUGACGACAACAAGCCCCUCUGCGGCCAGAUGGGCGUGCAGGGUUUCCCAACCCUCAAGAUCAUGACUCCCUCCAAGAAACCCGGGAAACCUACCGUGGAAGACUACCAGGGUGCGCGGAGCGCGAAGGCAAUUGUCGAUGCGGUUGUGGAUAGGAUUCCGAAUCAUGUGAAGAGGGUUACGGAUAAGGAUUUGGAGACGUGGGUUGACAAAGAUGAGGCGCCGAAGGCGAUUCUGUUUACGGAGAAGGGGACGACUAGUGCUUUGAUUCGGGCUAUUGCGAUUGAUUUUCUCGGGUCGAUUAAGGUUGGGCAGAUUCGCAGUAAGGAGACUGGUGCGGUUGAGAAGUUUGAUGUUAAGAACUUCCCCGCGCUCGUGCUGCUUCCUGGUGGUGAUAAGGAGCCUAUUGUCUACGAUGGCGAGCUGAAGAAGAAGCCUAUCGUCGAAUUCCUGAGCCAGGUUGCCGCUCCCAACCCGGACCCCGCUCCUGCAAAGGCCAAGGCCAAGCCAUCUUCCAAGUCCAAGUCCACCAAACCCGCAAAGGCCCAGUCGUCCACCGUCUACGACGACGAAGCCGAAAAUCUCAAGCCAACCGAAUCCCCAGACCACAAGGCCAUCCCCGACGAUGCCAAAGAAUCCAAACCCGCCAGCGUCCCUAUCAAAACACCCGAGAUCAAAACCCUCCCCGCAAUCGAAACCCUAAAGUCCACCUGUCUGGCCCCCAAAUCCGGAACUUGCGUCCUAGCUCUCCUCCCCGAGCCCAAGGAGCCCGACUCCGACCUCCCUGGCCCCGCACAAACAGCUGUAUCCAGUCUAUCCGACAUCGCGCACAAACAUACCCUGCGCCAGAGCAACCUCUUCCCGUUCUACAGCGUCCCGGCUAUUAAUGCCGGUGGCAAGACCCUGCGCGCUGGAUUGGGAUUGCCAGAGGGUACGGAGAGUGUUGAGAUUAUCGCGGUGAAUGGACGCAGGGGUUGGUGGAAGAGGUAUGAUAACUCCGAGAGACAGGACUUUAAUGUUGUGUCUGUUGAGAAGUGGAUUGAUUCUAUUCGGUUGGGUGAUGGGAAGAAGGAGAAGUUGCCGGAGGGGGUUGUUGUUGCUGGGAAGGAGGCUGAUGAGCAUGAUGAGCUGUGAAAGCAUUCGCUGGUUUUGGAGAGUACAGAUAAAAGCGCCGCGCUUGGAAUAUCUAAAUCUUUUCAUGCUGAAUAUCAAAUAAUACUAGAAAAAAAGAAAGAAAAAAAUCUUAUAUACAAGACACACCAAAACACCAUGACUGAAUGCAACGUACAGCCCACAAAUCAAACCAAAACAAGCUUUUUCUCUUAACAAAUCAAUCAGAUCAAGACCUCUUCUUCCCUUCAGUUCCCUUCUUAAUAAUCUUCUGCUUCUUCGAUUCAAUCUCCGUAUCGUAGAUCUCCCGCGCGGACUCGCCCUUCUUCCGCUUAGACGGCUUCGCAGUCUUCACGCUGACGGUCGAUGCGCCUCCGGCGCGGACUUGCUUCUCGGCAUCUUCCCAUGUGGUGCUACCGUUGUCGAUCUCGUAU